AUGACUCCUGUCAAGAUAGCGAGUAUCUCUCGCGUGGAUCUCAAGGGCUUCGAAGAAACUACACCAUCGAUCACAGAUGUCAAGCACCUGUCAUCCUAUAACUGGAUAGAUUCUGAGACUCCUACUAUUGCCAUCCCGGGCUGCCCACCAUUAUGGUCACCACCGAAAGGUACCCGAAAGGUACCAAAAGAUUCUGGGUGUAUUUAUAUAGCUCAAAAUGCAGCUCGACACCCAGAAAGCCCUCUGGAACCUCUGUUCCGUGCUCUAUACACAACUCACCCUUCGUUCGAUAUUGGUGCCGUUGAUCUCGUAACAGAUCGAAAUAACAUCCGCAAGCUCCUAUCCUUUAUCAAUCCUAGUCUAUCAAAGAAUGGGCUUGAGCCUUUCACCAUCGAAGUGGAAGUCACGGGCAAGACGGCGGUCUUCUGUCGUGCAGAGACCGAGACAGUUAGAUUCCUCGGACCCAGAGACUUUGUGGGCUUUGGUCAUGAGUUUGAAAAGGCAUACACCCGAGACCAAGUUAACGGAAGUACUGGCCACCAUAGGAUCAUCAGUUACUUUUUUGGUGGGCUCAGACUCAUCGUUCGCUAUGAAACGGAUGGAUACAUUGAUCCGUUAUCGGGUUCCCCUGUUGUCGGCAUGGAUCAGGUUGAUCUAUCCAGUAUGAUCCAGUCGCUAUCUCUUCGUCCCUCUAAAUGCGUCCCCUGUGGCACUUCGGGGCAGUCUAAGUUGCUGCUGAGGCAUGAGGGUCGAACUGUGGCAGCUGACUCGAUACUUGAGAUCAAAACGCGUGUGGCUCAUAAACCGAUCAGCGUACAGGAGGUCCUUCCCCAGCUCUGGGUAUCGCAGACCCCGAAUAUAGUACGCGCAUACCAUAAAAACGGGGUGUUUGCACCACCAAAAGUGGAGAACGUCGUAGCUGAGAUUAAGAAAUGGGAAGAAUCUCAUCGAGAAGACCUGAGGAGACUAGGUUCACUGUUCAAAAAGUUGAUUGACAUAGUGAAGAGAAGCGGGGGUAAGGCUUCUGCGCGAUAUGAUCGCCAGAAGGAUAGGUUAGAGGUCUGGACAGCUGCUACGGUGAAAAUGCUACCGGAUGACCUUUACUCGAAACUGGACUAUGGUGACGCAGAAGAUGCACCCCAUGAAAGAGCGCCAGCCGGAUAG